GGUUGGCUGCACUGCCUACCUCAAAGCAACAUGUCGUACUCGUAAAGUUGAAUUUUUCUUUUUUGAUACUGUGGAAUUUUUUUAAUUUCUCUCAAUUUGAUGUGUUGUACCUUUUUCUAUAAAUUAAUUUCAAAGUUUAUUAUCGUUUGACCCUUUUAUAAUCCGAUAAACAAAUCAAUUUAUUCGUUAAUUUCUUCUGAAUAUUGAAUAUUUGCUUUGCAAAACCCUCCGCUCAAUUUAUUUUCAUUUAAAAUAAAGAAGAUAAAAAAGAAAAACGCGAAAACGAAAGACGUCGAAGAAAAAGAACAGAAAAAAAACGAAAAAUCUGCUGCGAAGCGAAGCGACUGCUGCUGCUGCUUCUUCUGCUACUGCAGUCCGGUUGUGUGUCCCUCAGUUGGACCUGUGGAUUGGAAUUCAAUUGAAUUUCACGACAAAUUUACUAAAAAAAUAAAAAAAAACAAAAGAACAACUUCGACAAUUUAAACUUAAACUCCAUCGCAAAGAAAAGUGAGAAAACGCGAGUGAAAAAUAAGAUAAUUCAAGAACAGAAUUCACAUCACAGAGCAUCGCUGUAUCUGCUGUGAACUGGAAAUCUGUGUAUUUUUUUGAUUCUUGGUGUCGGCACAGAAGCAUCCACCAAGUUUUAUGGAAUCACAGUAUGUUAAUAGUUGAUGAGACAUUCACCGCUACCGUCGUCGCCUUUGCCGCUGCCUCAACCUUCGCCAUCGCCAUUAUUGUCUCCUCCUUGUCGUCGCAGUUGCCGUAAACCUCACCGUCACCGUCACUAUCACCAUCGUCGUUGUCGUUGUCGUCGUCGUCAUCUUUGUUUCAUCUCUGGUGAAUCUAUAAAUAUAUAUUUCUCUUGUUUUUCUUGUCUUUGAAUUGAAUUAAAAAGAAAAAGUGCCAAAUCAGUUAGUAGUUCGUUUUUUGUUUGUAUUGUUGUUUAAAUAAAAAGUUAACCCCCUCGGGCUACCCUUUGAGUUGUUGGAAAAAUUAAAUUCCCCCCGGGAGGUGCUCAGUUCGACUCAACUUGACUCGGCAAUCGUGUUUCCCACUUUCCGUGUCUCCCACCAUUCGCCUCGCGUUUAUUUUGUGUUGUUGUUGCCAUUUUUCUCGUUUCAAUUACUUUGACUUUGAGAUACAGCACUGUUUUGCUGUUCUGAGAGAAGCACCGAGAGUUACGCCAGAGAACUACGUCGAGUUCUGAGUUCUGUGAACCGACGAACGAACCGACCGACACCCAGUCGAGGAACGGGAAAGGGGGAAAGGACACCUCCUGCUCCUCUACUAUACUCUUCACUCGUAGUCAAAAAAUUGAAACCGCGCUAAAGUGAUUCUCUGUUUCUUUGCCUUUAGCUCUGGCUUUGGACGUUUUAUUUUGUUCUUUGAUAAAUACAAAAUAUUCGCGCGUCGCGCGUGUCUUUGUUGUCUCUGGGACUGCUGUCGCUGUGUGCCUUGGCUGGAACUCUUCAUCGCAGGAACCACCUCAACAGUAAAAUCCACAAACUCAAACUCAAUUGCACAUCUCAGUCGGUGGGUCGUUGUCAUCGUGGUCUUCUGUCUUCAUCGUCGUCGUCAAAAUGGCGGACUCCUACUAUCAGGGCGAUUACAUAAAACACCCAGUCCUCUAUGAAUUAAGUCAUAAAUAUGGAUUCACAGAUAAUUUGCCAGAAAGUGCCCUUCCAAAUCGCUUGGAAGAAAUCAAAGAAGCCAUUAGGCGUGAAAUUCGCAAAGAAUUGAAAAUAAAAGAAGGCGCCGAAAAGCUACGCGAAGUGGCUACGGAUAGACGUUCCUUAAAUGAUGUUGCAUCGAUUGUUAAAAAAAGUAAUAGCAAAUUGGCUGAAUUAAAAUCAGAAUUACAAGAAUUGGAAAGUCAAAUAUUAUUAACACAAGGCAAUACUGUCACGAGUAAUGGGCGUGAUAUUCUCUACUCGUCGCUUUCACCAUCAAGCGGUGGUGGCAAUGGCGGCGGUGGAAAUGCCGAACUGACAGCCAAUGAUAAAAUGCUUAUGUCACUAGAAAAACAACUCAACAUCGAGAUGAAAGUUAAGAACGGUGCCGAGAAUAUGAUUCAAUCGAUAUCGAGCGGCCACCAUGGUCGCGAUAAGAAACUCUUAGCCGAAGCUCAACAGAUGCUUGCCGAUUCGAAGGCGAAAAUCGAAUUCCUUCGAUUGCGGAUACUCAAAGUUAAACAGAACAAAGAUCAUAUGUGUAAAAUUAAGGCAGCUAACGAGGAGAAUGGCGGUUUGUGCGGUGAUGGUAGGCCACAGCGUUUGGAAACGUCGCUGGAGGAGCGAAUCGAUGAGCUGAGACAUCGAUUGCGGAUUGAGGCAGCCGUCGUGGAUGGAGCUAAAAAUGUGAUACGAACCCUAAUGAAUAAUAAGGUUCCCGAUAAAAAAGCUCUGCAAGAGGCUCAAGUUCGAUUAUCCGAAUCAUCGCGAAAACUGGACCUGCUGCGGCUCUCGUUGGACCUUCGCCGACAAGAAUUACCACCCGAUUCGCCGACAGCUCAACAGCUCAAAACCGAGCUGCAAAGUGUUCAAGCAUCGUCGCCAGUUCCGGUAACCUACACAUCGUUGCAACCCUUCCAAGGUGGACUGGGUGGUAAGCCUUAUCAUCAAGUGACAUCGUUGGGUCGUUGUGCCUCGGUGACGGGCAAACUCGAGGUCCGUCUUAUGGGCUGUCAAGAUCUGUUGGAAGAUGUCCCUGGGCGAUCGCGCCGCGACAAAGAUAACAAUUCAAGUCCGGGUGAUUUGCGAAGCUUCGUCAAAGGUGUCACCAGUCGUAGUUCUUCGAAAAGUUACAGUGUCAAAGAUGAGACUUCAUUUGAAAUUAUGGCAGUUAUAAAGCUUGACAACACCACAGUUGCUCAAACCUCAUGGAAACCUUGCUCCCAACAGGCCUGGGAUCAGCGAUUCUCAAUUGAUCUAGAUCGUUCGCGAGAACUCGAGAUCGGUGUGUUCUGGCGUGACUGGCGUUCGUUGUGUGCUGUGAAAUUCCUUCGUCUCGAGGAAUUCAUCGAUGAUGUGCGACACGGCAUGGCCCUGCAACUGGAACCGCAAGGCUUGCUCUUUGCCGAAAUAAAAUUCUUAAACCCCAUGAUUUCCCAGAAGCCAAAACUGCAACGUCAACGAAUGAUCUUCAAUAAGCAGCAAGUUAAAAACAUCCCGCGUGCCAAACAAAUGAACAUCAACAUUGCCACCUGGGGCCGUUUGCUCAAGCGAAACCAGCCCAGCAAUCAAAACGAUCUGCCAAUUUCUCGAACCCCAUCGUCGGGUACUAUCGAUGGCGAACCCUACACACCCGGUCAGCAAGCUUUGAACUUGGAAUAUGAUCCGACAGUUGCCGAAACAGAACAUGUCGCCACUCCCGGUGAGAAUCCAGAUCUCAGUGUGGCCGGUCUAAGUGGUGCCCGGCCCCUAUCGAUGCAGGGCAUUGCUGCUUUGCCACCAGAAGUCUCACCCAUAACAGCGAACCUUAACAAACAGAACAACAAUCAAGGAGGCAUUGUAUCUCCGACAGGCCUUCAUUUGCAAAUCAAUCAGAAGUCAGCAGCAGGUAGUAAAAAAUCGAGCAGCUCCAAUCAGAUGCCAAGUCCACCACCACAGGUACCAAUAGGAUCGCCUCCAACUCUACAGAAGAUGGACCAAGAGUUACAGAGUGCUUUACGAGAAUUUGAAUUUCUCAACCAAAUGGAUUCACAGCCCUCAACAUUACAGCGACCGCCAACACGUCAACAAUUACAACAACAACAGCAGCAACAACAACAAUAUCUCGGUUCAGCUGCCCAACAGCUGAUGCAAUAUCACCAAUCACCAACGCAACAAUAUUACUCCGAAGCCGAACAGUUUAUACCCCAAACAGUCCUCCCGCCCCCACAACACCAUCAGCAGGUCCCAUAUGACAACAGCACCACUAAUUCCUCCAUCAGCACUGCCAUCCCGCACGUCACCAAUGCCGUCCAUCAAGUCAUGCCGAUGAACCGUAAUAGUAGUAUUAGAAAUAGUUUUAACAACAAUAGCAACACCAACACCAACAUCAAUACCAAUAACAGUGGCAGCACUGUUGGCGGAGUUGUUGGUGCAAAUGUCGGACCCUAUCACCGACCGGUGCUAAUGAUGCCACCAGUGAUCCUGAUGGGCGGCAGUGGUGGUGGCAGUGGGGAUGGAAGUCCAAUUAUCGAGAUGCCACCAUCGCCGGUGCCGAAUUCUAUGCCAAUUGUUGAGUAUCCGGAUGAUGACGAUGACUGUAGUAGCCGGGUCAUCAACGACAGUGAUAGAUGUUGUGUUGAGGAUAAAUAUUAUAUAAACAUUGUACAUAUAACAAUUCAACCUUAUUCCACUGACAUGCCUGAUACAACAAAAACAACAACUAGUACUACUACUACUCCUAUUUCUUCUCCUUCUUCUACCUCAAAUGAACAGAUUAUACCACAGUUUGGUAAUUUGUCUGUCAAUAAUAAUCAGCAACAGCAGCAGUACGUGCAACCAUCACCGAUUGUUCAGGAGCCACCAACUCCACAAUAUCAGUCACAUGCCCAGCAAUUCCCACAGCCAACCCAGAGGCAGCACUAUCCUCAACAGCAGCAACAUCAACCAAUCUAUCAGAAUCAAUUCGAAUUGGGAGUUGUUGGAGGUGGUAGUGUUGGUGGCAGUGGCAGUGGCAGUAUUGCAUCCGGAGCCAUGCCACCACCACCCCCAAGUCAUGUUCAUGCUCAGCCAUCUAAUACUGGUGCAGGAGCAGCAGCAGUAGCAGCGGCAGCAGCUGCAGCUCAACUUGCUGCUGGUAAUGCAGGUGGACGUCGCCAAGUCGCACGUGGUCUUCAGUAUAGAGACUCGGCGUAUGAGUCACGCCGCCAAUCACAAUCCCAUCAGCCAGGAAUGCUAUCAAUUGAGAACUUCCGAAUGCUGAGCGUGCUGGGACGAGGACACUUCGGCAAAGUUAUCUUGUCGCAACUGAAGACAAGCAACGACUACUAUGCGAUUAAGGCCCUCAAGAAGGGUGACAUUAUUGCUCGCGACGAGGUGGAGUCGCUGCUGAGCGAGAAGCGGAUCUUUGAGGUUGCGAAUGCUAUGCGACAUCCUUUCUUAGUCAAUUUGUAUGCAUGCUUCCAAACUGAGCAACACGUCUGCUUCGUGAUGGAGUAUGCAGCUGGAGGUGAUUUGAUGAUGCACAUCCAUACGGAUGUCUUUUCGGAGCCAAGAGCUGUGUUCUAUGCUGCUUGUGUUGUCCUGGGACUUCAGUAUUUGCAUGAGAACAAGAUUAUCUAUCGUGAUUUGAAGUUGGACAAUUUAUUGUUGGAUACAGAAGGUUAUGUGAAAAUUGCAGAUUUUGGACUAUGCAAAGAAGGCAUGGGCUUUGGUGAUCGAACUGGAACAUUCUGUGGUACACCUGAAUUUCUGGCACCUGAAGUUCUCACCGAAACGUCAUAUACCAGAGCAGUUGAUUGGUGGGGUUUGGGUGUAUUGAUCUUUGAAAUGCUUGUUGGAGAGUCACCAUUCCCGGGAGAUGACGAGGAGGAAGUAUUCGAUUCGAUUGUUAACGAUGAAGUACGAUAUCCAAGAUUUUUGUCAUUGGAAGCUAUUGCUAUUAUGAGAAGGCUUUUAAGAAAGAAUCCUGAACGACGCCUUGGCUCAUCGGAAAGAGACGCUGAAGAUGUGAAGAAACAAGCUUUCUUCCGUUCAAUUGCCUGGGACGACCUGCUUUUAAGAAAGGUUAAGCCGCCAUUUGUGCCAACAAUUAACCACCUCGAAGAUGUUUCAAACUUCGAUGAGGAAUUCACAUCAGAAAAACCCCAAUUGACACCGCCAAAGGAGCCGCGACAUUUGACUGACGAAGAACAAUUGUUCUUCCAUGAUUUCACCUACACCGCCGAUUGGUGUUGAAAUUAAUUUGUUUAUUUUUCUUGAUUAUAAUUAUUAUUAUUUUUCUUUUUCAUUUAAACUUUAAUAUUUAUACAUAUAUUUACUAUAAAAGAAAAACACUGCUCCUCAACUAAAUUUGUAGCCGUUUUUACAUUAAAACAAAAAAAAAAAAUAUUUAAACAUUUAAGAUACUAUUGCUAACUUUUAUAAAAUAAAAAAAUACAAUUUAUUUUUCAUAAAACAAAAAGAAGAAAGAAAGAUUGAGAAGAAAAAGGAGAAAACACCAAUUUAAAAAAUAAAAACAAAUUACGUUUAAAAUAAAAAUAAAAUAUUUUUAAAGUGAACUAAAAAUGAAGAAAAAAAAAAGGAUAAAUCUUCGAGUAUUUAGCAUUUGUUGAUGUAUUUUUUGAAACAAGAGUUAAAAAGAAGAAUUUAAAAAUAAAAUAUUUUGCUUGACUUUUUGUUUAAAGCGAUAAAGUGUAGUAGUUAACAAAAUAUGAUGGAGACGUAAUAUUAUUAUAAUAAUUAUUAUUAUUACCCUUAUAACUAUAUUAUAAUUAUUAAUUUAUAACAAUUUUUAUUUCUUAUUAAUUAAAAUUAAAUGAAAACAAAAUACAUGAAAUUAAAAAUAAAUAUUAUAUAAAUAUUCUUCAUUAGCAACUAUUACUCUAUCACUACUCUACUUCAACUACCAAUUUCUUCUUAAUACCGUAAUCGUUAUACUAUUAUUAUAUUGUAUGCGUGAAUAUUAUUAAAAAUAUUUAAAUUUUUGUUUCCUUGUUCGAAAAAAAGCUAAAAAAUUAUGAACUUUUUGAAGCUACAUUUUAGGAGUCAAAUUAUUUUUC